AUGAACUCGGAGAGGCGUACAACUAGGUCCACCUCGACAGUCGACGAAACGAGGGCCGUCCCUCCAAUGGAAAGCACAGGGGCAUCCAUUCUCUCGGGCGCUUUAUCCACAAGUGUGCUCGGUGGGGAAAUUAUCAACUCGCAGAGGGACCAUAUCAGGACCACAUUUAUCAUCAACCUCCUAAUCAUUGGCAAGCACUUAGAUAAUCAUAUUGGGGGAUCUAACUCCGACACAUCGCAUUCUACCUUGGCCGUCAGCAAUUCUAUUACUUCGGGAGACCCGCCUCAUGCUACCACUUCAUCCUCGGACAAAAAUGUGCCCUAUUCGAGCACUUCAUCCCAUCAAACCAAGAACAGAGCUCGCUGGAAGAGUUCAUCUCCACCCACAGGGGAGGGCGAUCCCGUUGAAGAAGAAUCCAGUAACUCCAUCUACGAGCGUCACAUGUAUCUGAAACAGCAUGGUUUUCCUCUUUGGAUCCCUCAGCCCAACACGACACUUCCUCGCUCAUAUCAACGGCAAGGCGUCAGCAUUGGCGAUGUGGGAAUUUUCACUUCAGAUGGUGGCUUCGACUUCCUCUUUAACCCAUUUAGCCAGUCGGGCUGUAAAGAAGCGAGACAAUGCCUCAAGGGGUGUGACAAGACAACCUCAUGGGGAAUCGCAACAUAUUCGCAUCUCCAGUCGAAACGUCCUGAAGACAACGUGUCCCUCUUGAGGUUCGGUCCUGUUGGUAACGAAGGUCAAGGUCGACAUUCUUCAUAUACAACGUAUGAAUGGGAUUAUGCAAGUGUGCUAGAGGCGAAGUCUGGUCCUGAAGAGGAGGAGCUUAUGAAUUUAGGGGUCAACGGCUCCGUGCCUCCACGAAACCAGUGUACCUUUAUCCGGUCGCUCACCCCUGGUAUCGCUGUUGAUGACUGGGAGCGUCUCGAAAUGAAGGUAGUGGCUUUACUGAAGGAUCAAGCAUCAAUGCGAUCCCACAAGAGCCCUUUCCCUUCAGUUUCAGGUGCCAUAAAUUCUCUUCAAAGUACGCUGUCUCCUGCUUCCCCCGAUUGUGGGCACUCCAACCAACAUCAUUUUCAAGGUCGCAUAAGCUUUUUGCGUGGUCAUAAACGCGGGGGUAGCUCCGAGGUGACCGAUUCGAUGACCCUUGCACAGUGCCCCAAAGCGAAGGUUGCAGUUGUCCAUGACAGCGACUGGUGCUCUGUGAUUCGAGACUCGUGUAAAGCGGAUGUUAGGAUGAUGAUUGGAGGUAUACAGCCCAAGACCUUCCACGUCGGAUUCAAGAGGCAUUUCAUGUCGUUGAACAGAAGAAUGGUGAGGUUGACUAACCACGGUACCGUCUACCUAGAAGAGAAAACAAGGCCAUCUCAACACCCUAGUAGAUUACCUGACGUCUCCGGCAAAUUAGAGGUUGAGGUUUUCCCUCUCUUCGAGGAUCGACAACCAGGGCCUUCGCAACUUUCCGAUUCCCCUGAAAUAUCCUCUUUAGACGUGCAAGUUGACUCUCCUUGGUCCAAGAAAGUAGUUGACAAUGGAGAUGGUGAUAUCAAACCUAAGAAAUGUCAUGAUUCCGAUGAGGACGAUGAAGGUCAAUUGGGCGAUGAAGAUAAUCUUGAGCCGGAUACUGCCUUCCUCGAGUCCAUUCUUCGUCGAAUUCAACAAGUGAAGAAUAACCCUUCCUUUGAACAGUCGUGUUCCCCCCCUCGGUCCCUCAAGAGGCCGGUUGAUGACUGCGACGAAAACUACAGUUCUGAUUCCAGCAAGGUGAACAUUCAUGUGGUUACUCCUUGGUCGGACGCCUUCUCAGAAUACAUUUCACUGCAAAUCCAGAAACUGAAGAGCAACUCCACCUACGACAACAAAUUCAAAAUGGAUCGCGAUUCUAGCUGGGAUCCUUUCAAACUUGACAAGAAUGAUUUGGACAACAAACAUCGCAUCAUGCUAAACGCCAUCAUCAAGAUCAUGUUCCAGCGACCGAAGCAUAACAUGAGCUCCUUCGGAGACUUCUCCCUUCCUGGAUACAUCAAAGAGUCGACUGACGAUGGCGACGGUGUUGCCAAACCUGACUUGUUUGAUGUUUCUGGUGAGGCGGACUCAAUUUCUUUGAAGGGAAAGUCCGUUCGCAUAAAUAGCAAACUUCACAAUCAAGCGCCCCCUAAUGACGAAGGUUAUAUCGCGAAAUCCAUGGCAGCAAGGAGGAAGAUGUCGAAAUUUGACGUUGGAGAAGGAUGUGUGGCGGACGGGGGCGUUGACGUUGAGGCAGAUACUCCAGAGUCAUGUCUAGCGUUCAAUGAGUUCCAAGAUUGA